UAGUUUGUGCGGCUAAUCUUCUACGAAUUAUACAGAAAUUGCCUGCGAACUGUGUUCAUCGACGAACUUGAGCCCUUCUGCUGGCACUCACUCACUUCUUUCUGCAGUGCUUUCUCCUUCUCCUUGUGAGCACCUUUCCAGCUGUUCCUGACGUAGGCCGAAGCAAGCUUUUCCGCUGUCUUACCGUAGUGCCGACACCUCAAAAUACAAGCGGGACGGUGAGAUACUUCGUGCGUGUGCGCGGCACCGAUCGAAUCAUGCAUCCGUCAGUGUCGCUGGCGGAUGCGAACACUUCCUCGACAAUUGCGUCGGUCUUGGAUGAACACGAACGCUGUAGAGACUUGUACAGGGACGUUGUCAACACCAAUUCAGGAGCGUCCGGUGCUCAGGCGUUGGUGUCUUCGAGUGCUUCCGCUGCUGUGACGUCAGCUCCGCGUUGCCCUCCAGUCUGGGACUCAAUCCACUGCUGGCCACCCGUAGAGGCCGGCAAGAUCCUCACUCUACCCUGCCGGGAGGUGUUCGGCCGGCUCAACUACACGCAGCACGAUGUACGCUGGGGAGCAGAGGCUCACCGAGAAUGCGGAAGCAAUGGAACCUGGCUGCACGGAAACUGGACCAACUACACCGAGUGCUUGGAGUUGCUGCCCCAGUCGGGGCCCAGCAACAUUCCUGCCAUAGCGAGCUACAUUCUUCUGGUCUUCUCGCUUGUCAGCCUGGUGGCGCUUUGUGUGACACUGUUCAUCUUCACGUACUUCAAGUCCCUGCAGUGUUCCAGGCUUCGGGUGCACAAGAACCUCGUGGCAUCCUUGAUUGUUCACUCGAUCCUGCUGGCCGUCAUCUCGUUCCCGAACGUCCUAGGACCACAUUGGACAACCUACAGCGAUGUGGACUGGCUUUGCAAAAGCGUGCUGUCGCUGAAGCUGUACGCGGCCAUGGCGUCCAUCAACUGGAUGUUUGUCGAGGGCCUUCUGCUUCACUCUCGCAUCGCCGUUUCCGUGUUCCAGCAAGACGCACCUUUCAAGCUCUACUAUCUCAUCGGAUGGGGCCUGCCAGCCCUGUGCGUUCUAGCGUGGAGCUUGUUCAUGGAAUCACGCAUGCGCAGUCACUGCUGGCGCGGCUACGGGAACUCUGUCUUCGUCUGGAUCAUCAGCGGUCCCAUGAUGGUCGCCCUCCUGGUGAACACGGUGUUUCUCAUAAACAUCAUCCGCAUUCUACUCACCAAGCUCCAGUCAAACACUUCCAUCGAGACCAUGCAACUGAGGAAGGUGUCCAAGGCUACAGCUCUGCUGUUCCCUCUGUUAGGAAUCACGCACCUCUUCUUCUGCAUCAACCCUCGGGAUGACGCCCACUUUGAGAGCGCCUACGUCAUCUGCAACGCCCUGCUGCAGUCGUCGCAAGGCCUCUCCGUCUCGAUCCUCUACUGCUUCGUCAACUCGGAGGUACAGACUGCGGUGCGCAACGCUUACAUGCAGGCGAUGAUCAGGCGCAACCCUAACCGCUACUCCCGCGGCCGAGGCCUGUCGCAGAGCUACUCGACCUACUGCGAGGCCAGCUCGCUGGCGCCGGACCUUCACCCGCACAUGGUGGGACACAAGGUGGCGCCCAUGCGCAAGGCGUUGGGACCCGCUCGCCGCUACUCGGAGGUCGAGGUCGAGACGCUGGCCUCCAUCGUCGCACCGUCGCACGCGCAGCCCACCAUCAAGUGGGAGCGCAACUGUUACUUCUGAAGCGACCAACACCCAGAGAGUCAGCGUUCAAGUCUUCACUCUCUCCUACGCCAAUGCGACCGAACCUGGACCGGUACUCCAUCCGCCUCACCAGGUCCCGUUUCGGUCAUCGAGAGACCAAUUGAAGCACCGUUUCUAUCAAAUUCAGACCAGACCAGGAAAGCUCUUACAGACACAGAUGUGGACGGAACAGAUCUGUCCGCCUCUGUAAGUGUGUCUGAAGUUGAGGUAGUGACGUGGGUGGCUCCCACUGAGGACACAUCCGUUCGUCCUUUCCUUCAAUCAGUUCAGCGCGCCCGGAAGAGCAGCGAUUGUCACACUCACCCGGCAAGACCACACCCACGCAAGACCAACGAGACAUUUUUUUGCUCCCAAAGUAAAAGAAAGAAAAGGAACUCGCGGACGCGUCUUUCGGAGAAACGCCUAUUUUCCUUCAGCAGACAGAUGUGCGCGAUACAGUGCGUGGUGUGUACGGCUUGUGUUGUACUACCGUACCGAACCCUUUCUCAAGUGUUUCGGGCCUGCAGGAUCUCACGGAUCACGAGAUUCUCUCACAUUACACGGCUGAUACUGAACAGCCAACCGCUCCGGCCCUAUGUUAAGGACAGGUUGUCUGAAGGACGCUGAAUAUUUUUGUCCGCAUUCGCAAGUUGUCAAAGAAGAUUUGUCUAUUUGCCCCGGAGUAGACAAUGGUUCCUGCUUGACAUGAUGCCGAGCAAAGGUGCAGCGUAUAUUUUUAUUACUAUAUGUUGGUUAGGAGAUGUUGGCGCUUUUAUAUAGCUCUGGCUACUCCUUUUCACAGAUAGUAGGAUUAUUACAAAUCACUUUCAUGAAAACGAAACUAUUUAAAAUCGCAACUAGAGACAGCUUGUCAGUCAAGGCAUAGCAGUUCACAUAAGCACGAUGUCUAUUUUCAGAGUGACACCAAAGACGACACAAAAUACACUCCAGGCACAUAACGCUAGAGUUCACGUAAACGGUAGUCAUGAGGACACCAAUAUGUUAACAAAUAACGCUACACAUUAAGCCGAGUCACAUAACGACACUAAACAUUUACACAAAGUGCAGGCAGAGGGACAUAUCCUCAUGAACACAGCGCACACCUGGAAUUUCGGCUUUGAGAUAAUUAGCCUUUAGCAACUUUGUUCUGCGAAAGCCUUCGCUGUUGGCUUUGCAUACUCGUGCACGAGACAAGCUGUGUGCAAUGGCGGUUGCGCUAUGCGAUGUCACAGUUGCGAAAGGCGAUCACCGGAGGGAGGGCAGGUAUCCUUUACUGCUCGGAUGUAUCGUAUAACAAGAAGGAAGCGGUGUUGUAAUAAUUUUGUCUUUUGUGACCGGCGAGGAUUUCUUGUUGCUUUACGUAUGCGGUUGCCUAUGGAUGACAGGACGUCAGAUAGCUGUGGAUAAACCGGUUGUAGUGUACAGAACACAACUUCAUAGCAUUUAAACAAAAUCGUCUCGGGGAAAUCUUUUUGCGCCAGAUGAUUUCUGGCUAUGUAGCAUGCCUAUACAUAGUGUACCCCUUAAACCUCUUGUAGAAACAAUCUUAAACUCUCGCUUUCGCACCUCGUGAUCUCCCCUGCUCUUAGCACACGCUGUAUGUCCCAUUAUCCCUAUUUCUUAAAACAUUUCAACACAUUGAACAUUGCAUCACCUUGAUUUUUUUUAUUUACUAAGCUCUGUUUGUCUAAUUUGUCUAACCAUGUCACUAAACCCACUCCACUUUAGAAGAGAAGCUGUGUUGAUGAAGUUCUAACGCUUGACGAACGUAGCUCGAGGUUUUCAUAGUUGCGCGAAAGAGGAGUGUGUACUUCCUGAAAUAUGUGCAUAAUCGAUCUUGUUUGUGUUGCAUUUCUUGGUUAUGUACUGUGUGCAACGAUAGUGUAAGAACAGGUUCUGAAGCGGCAGCAAAUUGCGAAUGAAACGGCCCAAAUGGUCCCCUUAGUGUAAUUGGAAUGAAUCGAUCGCUCAAUGGCGCAAGGGAUUCGUUUCGCAAGAAGUACUUGAGGUGCGUUGACUUUCCACCUCCUUGGACUCAACAUUUUCUUGUGCCGUAACUGAUGCUAUCGGCCACAUAAAAUGAACUUUGAUUAGGCUACAUUUGUGAAAUCGCAUGCUUUCUUGUAUUGCAGACCUUCUAUGUAUUUAGCCUCGUUAUUCUGGUUCUACGCCGCAAGCUGACAGCCAUUCGAAUUCGUGGGGACGGUUAUGUAGUCUACUGCGCAAAUCUUGACUUUAUGGCCCGAACAGCUUCUGGCCUAUUAUUUUCUCGUUUAGUUCCCCUUAUGCCUAGAAUGUUAAUCUUGCACAACGUUCUCCUGUUUUUGUGAGGCAUAUUAUAAAACAGAUGAAUGAUGUGAAUGGUUGUACAUCUGCUACAGAUGGCGCAGCCAAUAUCGGCACUGGCGCCGAGAGCUUCGCAAUGCUGGCGCGCUGAUCGUAAUGUGCUGCCGAAAGACGUCUAAAAUACCCGGCUCGAGUCACGAACCGCCGCUGCUAACGGCAGGCCGAUCAAUUCAAAGACGCGUCCCACCAACCCACCGCGAACGUGCGCUUGCAACGAGGAAGCUUAUAAGCAGCUCUUCGCUCUAAGAAGUCCCACUCACAUUGUCGCCUCGAGUGUACCCAAGGGGAUCUUACCUGGGCAACUUAAAGAGAAUCUACCUGGUCAUUAAUCUUUGGAAAGCGACACACGGCUUAGACACGAAACGGCGCAACCUCUUAGAUUUCAGAGCAGAAAGCUUUCGAUUGGGCUAUUGGCAACGUUUGCUAGAAUGCUCGGAUGAAGCCUGCAGUUAUUUCUUAUUUACCAAAGGAAUAGAAAAUAGACUUCUACAUUUACUUGGUUAGUUGUUUUACUGAGCAACACCACUGCGCUGUGCUUCAUGCGCUUCGCGGUUAUUCUCCCAGUUCCUUAAAACACAAGACCACGCCCGAGGCUUUGUUCACGUGGCACCAGGCGGCGUGUACCUGUGCAGCACAUUUCCUCCUGAGCACUUGCGCCAUCUUUCAUGUACGAAGAUAUCCUAAUCAGUGCGAACGGCUCUACAGGCCAGGAACGCGCUGUAUAGUAAGGAAGAUCGCCGAUUGCCCUUCCUCUGUUUCAUCUCCAAGUGCCACCACUCUUUAAGAGAGUGAGGGAAAGUAGCCGCGCUUGCGCAACAUCGUUCUUAGCCCGUGACAGCGCAUUUUUCCACAUCUCUCAUCUUAGCAUAUUUCCAGCCUUCUUUCCUUCCUUCGUGCACCCGUGCCGUACGAUCAGCCGCUCUUGAACAAUGCGCAGAAGUCUCUACUCCAUUAUACAACUCCAUUGUUAAGGCGCAAGCCUUUAAUGUCUCAUACUCGCGGCGUUCGUCGUCCGUCUGUGCCCUAGAACGGUGCCAGCUGGGGCCUCUCCCCCUCACACCCACUCAGCAAUCACGUGAUGACACAGCGGCGCAUAGCAACAGUUGCGCAUUGCUCCUUCCAACGCUCGUUGCGCAGCUGUUGCGCAACGUGGCGGCGGCAUCCAGCGGCGGCGUCCGUCCGUGCCCUCUCACACUCUCUCAGCAAUCACGUGAUGGCACAGCGGCGCUCGCGGCGAUGCUCCUUUGUCAGACUUCUCGUUGCAACGGUCGAGUUAGUCGGAUGGCUCCCAAGCGACCCGGUGAUUAUUCCGCGGCAAGCGGUUCGGAGAAGCGCCCCGAGAAUGUGGA